GGUUUAUUCAUGUCUGACUUAGCCAUUUAUAAUUCUAUGCGAUAUGCAAAUAAAUAAAUAUAUUGAUGGGAUGUUUGCUUCAUCUGGUCUACUUGGAAAUGUACAGUAAUUGUUAAAAUUCAAAGAUUUUCGUCAAGUGUAGAAGGAUGUGAAUAAAUGAACAAUAUUCACCAUCUUUAAAGAUAAAAUAUAGCAUAAAAUGGGUAAUUCCAACAGCCGUUUCAAUACACUUAGGGAAUAUGAUGUGGAUGUUAGUACAACUACUACUAAUGAUAUAAAAGUAGUCGAAAAAGGAACAAAUGAGAAAUCGAAAAUACACUUCAAUGGCACUGUUAAAUACACUAAAAUAACUGAAGGCGAUGUUAGUGGUUAUGUUGAAUACACUAAACAUGGGAAUUGUACAUUGCCGGACAUUUCGACACCUUCAACAAAUCCUAUUCAGUAUGCACUUGUACAUAAUAACAUUGAACCGUCGAUUAUCUUUGAUAUUGAAAAACCUGAUGAUCAAUAUUACCCUCAGGAUAGUGGUAGUAGAAGUUAUAGUACUACUACUGCUAGUGAGGACAAUGAUGAUGUCAAAUUCUAUGUAGAUAAUGACAUCACUAGCAGUCAUAUCCCCGAAGAUUCCCCAGUGUUGAAAUCACAAAAAACAAAUGCUUGCUUAUCUGAAAUACGAAGAUUAUACGCCUAUCUAACACAUCGGUUUUUUAAAUCACAAUAUCUUGCAUUGAAAACCAACUGUCCAGUAGAAAUCUUCGCUUCAACAACACCAAUAAAUAUUAAGUCUGCUCUACCAAAUUUAAGUUCUGGUUCACGUGGUUACUACCCACCAAGUACCCCUUCUAUACCACGAUCUACUGCCCCAAGCUAUCAGCAUGAUAAAAAUGCAUAUGGACUACGAAGUGGACGAUCAACUGCUGAAGUCCCUCAACUUUUUGAUUCAAUGAAUGAAAUUCAACACUUGAAGUCACAGUUAAAUAUGCUGUCGAAACUUAUUGAACCAGAUGGUCCCAGUGGUGUUCGUGCCGCUUCAGUGUUUCAUUCAACAGCAUCCAAGAGCACACAAACAGAUCUUGGAUACCUAUUGGACAGACAAGCGAAAAAGUCAAAUGCAGAAAUUACAGAGUUGAGAAGUAUAAUAAAAAUUCGAGAAGAAACAAUUCAACAACUGGAAGAAGAAAAUGCAAGGCUGAGUGAUUCUUUGAAGACGAUUCUCCAUAACAUGAAUAAACCAGGCAAUAUAGACAAGAACACAAUGUCGAAUAGUUUACCAAUAGUCGGGCAAAAUCAUUCAGACAAAACUGCCUACAAAAAUCCAUCAACAGCUGCGUCGAUCAGACCAUAUGAUGACCGUAUUCAACAGCAACAACUGCGACAACCGUAUCCAACGACACCAUCUGCUAACCAACCAUCAAUGAUGAUAUCACCAUCACAAAAAUGCUAUAUGAUGUCACGCGCCCUUGAUUAUCCACCAGUCAGAUCAAGUAGCCCGAGUAGACCUGAGAAUUCAGAGAGUUCAUUUUCGACAACAAGAACAAAAAAUCGACAGAAAAGUCCUGAGAAACACGGAAAAAAUAUUAAGCGCCAAUUAUCCCCAACUGGCAAACGUUUCCCACAUUAUCAGCCUUAUAUACAUUCAUUAAUGCAUCCCGACCAGCUUUUGAAAUCUGAUAACUACAAAAACUCUAAUGAUUCGAAAUCCUUAUCUGUUGGUCUUACUGCAACACAAGCUCAAAUUAUAAAAAGUCCUACUCAAAGAUUAUUGAUGCAGAGUUUACCUACAUCUGGUUAUUAUUGAACAAUAGACGUUUGCACUAUCUUGAUGCAUAUGAUCACUCUUAAGAGGAAACUAAAAGUAUAAAUUAUGUCUAAAGGAAGAAACCUGUAAAAUCUCCGUUUUUCACCACCAUCCUUCUGUUAAUCUUGUGAAUACUAUAUAUAUCUACAUUUAUUACAAGUAGGUAAUUUCAAUAGCAGCAAGUUGUAUGGACAUUUUUUUCUGCUAAACGUAUUGUUUGUUACCGUUCUCUAGCUUAUUUUAAUGUGUUCAAUCUAACUGUGUGUUUUUAUUUUACUAACGUUUUGUUUACAACACCAUCGCUCCGCUCCUAAUCUAUAACUACUAUUACUGCUGUUACACUAGUGUCUAAAUAGUUGGAGGAUGCAGGGGAGCGGGGGGUUAGUGGGUUUCAUUAUUGCCAAAUCAACUGUUACCUCACCUUUUCAACUCAUCACAUUUAAACCUCAGUUAGAUAUUUCGACUUUUAUUUUCCGCCUUUUUUUCAAAGAGAGGCUUACAUAAUUCAUGUGUGAUAAGAACAGACUGAGAGAGAAAAAAAGUUGGUGCGCAAAAAAGCAUACACCUACAGACACUAACACACUGAAUUUGCAUCAUUUCGACUUUUCUUAACAUGAAUUCAUGCCUUUUUUUAAAAAAAAAAUAUAUAAAAUGACAAAAAAAACGAACUGUUGUUUAUUUGUACUACUUAUAUCACUUUGUUAGUAAUAUUGAUGACAUUUCAAUGGAUAACGAUGAUGCAAGGAUAAUCACGUCUCUAUACAAGAUUAAAAACACACUAAGAGAUAUAUACCUUUUUUCACAGUCUCCACUAGUUUUUUCUCUACUUCCUUAUCAUUUUUAUAAAUAUGUAUUCAUAUACUACUCGGUGAACACUUGAAGUAGUAGUCAAUCACUUCCAGCAGAAAUUAUCAUAAAUUCUAGUUACUUUCGUUUUUUUACUUUAUAUACGAAAUACUUUUGUUCUGGUUACCAAAAAAAGGAUUUAUUAUCCGGCCUACCUUGUAUAUUUAUUCUAUGUGAAUGACAAAAAUUUCAAGUCUGGUGGAAGAGAUCAAUCCGAGAAGGCAGUAACAGAGGACUGGGACAAUGAGAAG